ACGAAUACUGUACAAUAAAGUGGCUCAAGUAUUCAACGCAGAAUGGCGGAGCGUUCAUCACAACGGACAUGAAAGUGCUGAUGUUUGCAACUUAUGAAGUAUAUUUAAUGACCGAACACGAGGGAGAGAGUUUUGUAGUUUACACCGAGUGCACAUUUAAUUUGAAUAGUAAUAGUAAUAGGAACACUAAAGAUGACCAACUGAAAUAG